AACUACGGGUUUUAUUGGUCACUGACGAUACCAACGAAUCUUUCACGAUCGCUAGUACCACACACGUGUUUAAUAGUUAUUCACUGCAGUAUUCAAAUAUCAUAACAACCACACAGUUAAAUCAGUGGCAAGCUGCUAGAAUAUUAAGACUAAUGAACAAUACUUUUUGUAAAAAAUCAUCAAAUAUGGAAUCUGCAGAACAAUAUAUCAAAACAGCUCGUUACAGAGAUACUGAUCAAUGGUCAAUAUAUUUUGUGAAUAAGAAUGGAUUAUCUGUGGAAAAAAUAGAUAAAAUAGUUUCAGAAUUUGUGGGGAAGAAAAAAAUAAACCAAACGAGCAACCCAAGUGGAAUGUGUUUUAUAAAUUUAUUCUCGUUUGAAGAUGCAGUGAAAUGUGUUAAAGGUUUGCAAGGUCAUGAAUUGAUACAGUUGAAGAAACAAUUAAAAAAUCAAGGAGAAUUAAAAAAGAAUGGAAUUAAAAAUGAUGAAACGAAUAAAAGUGAUUCCAAAUAUGAUGAAAUGUACAAAAGUGACUUCAAACAUGAUGAAAUGUUCAAAAGUGAUCUUAAAAAAAAUGAAAUAUCCAAAAAUGGUUUUAAAAAUGAUGAAAUAAAACAAAAGGAGGAAGAAAGUUUUAUCAUUAAUGAUUCUGAUGAUAUUAAAAAAACACCAGAAAAAUGCAACGAAUUAAUAACUGAUUUGAAAGCAAAAAAAGUUAUUGAUACCAAUACUUACGACUAUUUGAAACAAGAAUUUCAAGAUAAAAAAUGUGUCGAAGCCGAGCCAAAAAUGCCAGAACUGGUAUUAAAAAAUAAUGUUUCCAAUGAAGCAAUGUCCAAAGAUACUACUGCUGAAUCUACACAUUCUGUGGAAGAAAACUCUGAUUUAAUUGAAAACGUGGAAGCUGAAGAGCUUAUCAUCGCCAAUAUUCAUGAAGAUUAUGGAACUAAUUAUAUUCUUCAUCUCUUGGAAAAAUAUCAACCAAUCGGCGCUUCAUUUGUGAAAGUUUCAGAACGUUAUGCAUUACGUUAUUGUCAUGUUUAUUUUACAUCCAGUCAAUAUAUUAAUGAAGUACAGAAAAAAUUUGAUAAGUUUGAGUUAGGUACGAAAAAUCUUAUCGUUUUAUAUGUUAAUCGCCUCAAAGGCAUUCUCAGUUUAUAAUUAACUGAAACUAAAUAUUUUCUAUUUUAUCAUUUUGAAUAUUAUUAUAAAUAAGUUCCUUUUGACAUUGCUUGUUUAAAACAAUUAUUGUAUUUCUUUCAUUUAUACCAAAAGAACGAAUCGCAUGAAAAUGAUUUUUUAUAUUUUCAUUUUAUGUUAUGUGAGAAUUCGAUAUUUUGCAUACUAACAUUCGUUUCUUACACCGAACUUUCAUAUUUUUUAAA